GCAGAUCAUUCACAGCUUCCUCCCCCUCCAAAAAAAAAAAAGAAGAAGAAGAAGAAGAAGAAGCUGACAUGGGUUUGCCGAGAUUUGGGCGUCCGAAGGGCGGCGGCGGCGGCCAACCGAGCCCUAAUCUCUACGUCGCCAACUGUGGACCGGCCGUCGGGAUUUCGUACGACGAAAUCAGGUCGGUUUUCGGCGGGUUCGGACAGGUGAAAGGAGUGUACGCCGCCGACGAGAGCGGAGCCCGCGUCGUCGUUUGUUUCGACGGCGAGGUUUCCGCUCGAGCCGCUUUGGAAGCGCUGAAUGGCCGGCCUUGUUCGGACCUCGGAGGCCGCUCUCUGCACGUUCGUUAUUCCGUCGAGCGACCGGUUUGCCAGGCCAAAAUGAAUGAUUCCCUUCCGGUGCAUACAUAUGCUUCAGAGCUGAAAAUUCCUGGCCUUUACUUGUUGCAUGACUUUAUCAGUCUGGGAGAAGAGAAGGAAUUACUUGGGGCAGUCGAUGACAGGCCUUGGAACAGUCUUGUAAAAAGAAGAGUUCAGCAUUAUGGCUAUGAAUUUCGAUAUGACACGAGAAAUGUCGAUGCAAAUAGGCAUUUGGGUGAACUUCCCUCAUUUGUUUCUUUUAUACUUGAAAGGAUCUCAUCCUUUCCAGGCCUUCCAUGUGCUACAAAUGCAAGUUUGGAUCAACUGACGGUCAAUGAGUACCCAGUUGGAGUGGGAUUGUCCCCACACAUAGACACCCAUUCAGCAUUUGAGGAUCUUAUUUUCAGCCUUUCAUUAGCAGGUCCUUGCAUUAUGGAGUUCAGGAGAUACUUAGAGGGUGGCUGGCUUCACAAAGAUGUCUCUGGCUCAGAUGGGAAUGUGGAUAGUCUGGAGAACACAAAAUUCUUAAGGAAAGCCAUUUGUCUUCCCCCUCGGUCAAUGCUAUUAUUGUCUGCAGAGGCACGUUAUGCUUGGCAUCAUUACAUUCCGCACCAUAAGAUUGACAUAGUAAUGGACAAGGUUAUCAAAAGAAGUUCAAGAAGGGUGUCUUUCACAUUUCGUAAGGUUAGAACAGGUCCUUGUAGAUGUGAAUUUCCCUCAUAUUGUGAUUCUCAAAGUAAACAUGCUUAAUGGAAAUAUUGUGAUCUAAGUCACGGUUGAUGGACAAUGGGUUGCUCUAAUGUGUCAUUGAGCCUAAGGACAAGUCCUGUGGGAGAUGUUUAAUGGGGAAGAAGCAUGUCUCCAGUUUGAAGAAAGUCUUGACUUACCAUUUUCAGAUUGCGAUAAUUCUAGAGCAGUCUAUUCAUUCCGGAGUAGAUGUUGAAAAUUAAGAAAGUAACCGACCGAAUCAGAAGUCGCAUUUUUGGGCUUUUGUAUGCUGGAUUCGGGCUGCUGAGACUGGGUUCAUGUGAUUGAGGAGCAAUGUUCUGGAGAGAGGAACAGAGAAUUAGCUGAGAAAACACACUGGAAUUGAUUCUCAAUGUUCCAAUCCCAUGCCAAAGCUGUAAUUUGGUUAAUGUGGUAAGUUGAAAGGUUAUAUUCAGUUGUCUAUAUUUGACAUGCAA